AGCGAAAAAAGCGCGCCAAAAGUUGUUUACUCCUGACGCCGAGAAUCGUGAACUUUUGCGUGUUAACUUUAUCGCCAGUAAUAUCAUCGUACUUUCCACUUUCAGGACCAAAGACGCUUUCACGAAACAGUAUCCAAGAUGAAGGGGGACCAAAUUCAGUAUUCCGAGAAAUACUGUGAUGACAAAUAUGAGUACAGGCAUGUUAUUUUGCCAGCAGAUUUGGCAAAAUUAGUUCCAAAAACUCAUCUCAUGACUGAAACUGAAUGGCGCAACCUUGGAGUUCAGCAAUCCCCCGGUUGGGUCCACUACUUAGUUCACAGUCCAGAACCACACAUCCUGCUCUUCAGAAGGCCUCAAACAGAUGUGAAGCAAAAUGCAGCUUCACAAAGUGCAACUUAAUAUUUUUUUCUCAGAAGCAUGUUUUGUUUUCUUAGUUUUGCAUUCUUUUCUUUUCAUUAGCACAUUUUUUCUGCUGUUUUCUUCUGUAUUAUUUACAUUCCUAUCUCAUUGAAUAGGAGUCUCAGUGCUUUUAGUAUUUUUCAACAGAAUAUAUAUAUUAUUUAUUUUAGUAAAUGGUUGCUUUGUAAGAAAUACUAAGUCUGAGUUAAUAUUUUGUGCAUGAUAUCUUUUAUUUAAAAUGUUUUAUUCCUAUACAAUCAUUAUAUUAAUCAAAAGUUGAAAAUAGGAUACCAGUGGCUGUUAUUCAGACAUUUUGAUAAUGCUGUUAUUUUAAUUUCAAGGACAGGUCAUUGGUUGUUCAUCCUGUUUUUUGUAAUGCUGAAUUGCAAAAGGAUCUCAUAUUAUUUCUUGUCAUUAGCUAAUUUGAUUAUAGGAGUGUAGGUCUGGUGUCUAAGGGAAUCCCUGAUCAAGUAUUCCAAAUGUACAUUUAAUUUAAUCUAAUUUAAUACCAUUUCUUAAAGAAAGGUCUAAGUUUUGCAGCUUAAAUGACAAUGAAUGUUGCAGUUUAAAGGAAUGGUAAAGAUUGUAUAAGAAAUUAUAAAUAUUUUUGCUUCUGAUGUAACCUAUAUUUGUCCAUGAAUGAAAUAAAAAUCUUUAUGUUUAUUGUAUCAAAUAUAUAGAGUCAUCCAUAUAGCUUCCCUCAUUAUAAUGUAGAAGAAAUUUGUGAGUAAUUUAUCUUUGAUACAAAAAAUGAUGUGCAUUUUAUGAAUACAUAUAAGAUAAAAGAUGUGUUGUGUGUACGAGUUGAGUUUCAUUAUGAUUGAUAUUCCAUUUAAGAAUUGUUGAGGAGAGAUUAAUGUAUCAUAUCAUAUUCCAUAGAAAUGGUGUUAAAGUUAGAAGGAUUUCUAACUGUUAAGGUGAUAGGAACUACUUCAUGGUUGCAUGAAGAUUGCAAAUUAUCUAUUACACAGUCUGUUCUCGUGUUCAUGCUGUAAUCGCCUAUUUCUUACUGCAGAAAUACCUGGAGAUACUCUAUUCAUAGUGUAUAUAAGGUUAUAUUCUCCUUUCCAAAUGUGAACAUGGAUAGUUACUAUUAUUUUAGGUGAAGGUCUCAGUUACUUAUUGAAAGCUUGUUAAAUUCUGUUGUCAUGUGCAACUCCAACAUUGUCAUUUGUAAUGCAAAAUAUUUCAUGUAUUUCAGCUAAUCAUUGUUGGAAUUAUGUCUAUAUUGCCAGACCAAGACUAGUGUCUGUUCACAUCACUUGACUCCUCUCACAAGACACCACUGAUCCACUGGUGGUGUGGUGUGAGAGGGACCUUACCUUGCUCUGGAGGUGAGAUUUUCUUGAUUCCUCAUCUAGACUAAAGUUGAUAUUGAGCAUUUACCUUACCAUUUUCUCUCAAAUAUGUUGUUGCCUUUACAAGUAACACUAUCUUUAUAGAAAUAAAAAGUUCUCCCAUUGUUUGAAAAAGGAAAAUAUAUCUGAUAUGCAUUGCA